AUGGCUGACACUGUAGAGGCUGAUGUUGAUUCUAUCAUUUCCCGUCUUUUAGAAGUCCGAGGAAGUCGUCCUGGCAAGCAAGUGCAACUAGGAGAACAUGAAAUCAAAUAUCUGUGUCAUAAAGCACGUGAUAUAUUCAUGAAUCAACCUAUUCUUCUCGACUUGGAAGCACCUAUUAAGAUUUGUGGCGAUAUUCAUGGUCAAUAUUACGAUUUAUUAAGACUGUUUGAAUAUGGUGGAUUCCCCCCUGAAGCCAAUUAUCUUUUCAUGGGUGAUUACGUGGACAGAGGAAAACAAUCUUUGGAAACCAUCUGUUUAUUACUGGCCUAUAAAAUUAAAUACCCUGAAAAUUUCUUUAUAUUACGUGGUAAUCAUGAAUGCGCGAGUAUUAAUCGUAUCUAUGGCUUUUAUGAUGAAUGCAAACGAAGAUACAAUAUCAAACUUUGGAAAACAUUCACUGAUUGUUUCAACUGUUUACCUAUUGCAGCUGUCAUCGAUGAAAAGAUUAUGUGUAUGCACGGUGGUCUUUCACCCGAUCUACAAACAAUGGAACAGAUUCGUCGAGUAAUGCGUCCAACAGAUGUACCCGACACUGGCUUGUUAUGUGAUUUGUUAUGGGCCGAUCCUGAUAAAGAUAUUAUGGGUUGGAGCGAAAAUGACCGUGGUGUAUCAUUCACUUUUGGUGCAGAUAUAGUAUCGAAAUUCUUACAAAAACAUGAUUUGGAUUUGAUCUGUCGAGCGCAUCAGGUCGUCGAGGACGGUUAUGAGUUUUUUGCAAAGAGGCAAUUAGUGACAUUGUUCUCUGCGCCUAACUACUGUGGAGAGUUUGAUAACGCAGGAGCUAUGAUGAGCGUCGAUGAAUCAUUAAUGUGUUCUUUUCAGAUUCUGAAACCAGCUGAAAAGAGAGGAAAAUAUGGAUAUAAUGGAAACAAUAAAGGAAGGAAGGCUUAA